AUGGCGCUGAAAAAGCUCCAACAUGCUUCCCAUGAAUGCUUGUUGACUUCGUCGGAUAUCGUCGAAAAUGGCAUAUGCAACAUUUGCUCCAAAGAUGAACCUGUCGAAUUCUCUUGUAUCACUUGUAACUUCGAUCUAUGCAAAGCUUGCUCCAAGUUGCCACACAAGGUGUCACAUGAAUUCCACUCGGAGCAUCCUCUGGAGUUUUGUCUCCGAAAACAUGAUCAGAGACCUGAACACAUCCUCUGUUCUUGUUGUGGGUGCUUGUCUUCAGAAUCUUUCUACAAGUGCAAAGAGUGUGAGAUCUACCUUGAUCUAAGUUGUGCGAUCCUACCAAACAUUUUCAGGAGCUGGGAUGAUAACAAAAAGCUCCAUUACAGCCAUGCUCACUUGCUUCAGAGGUGUAGACCGGGACCAGACGCUAGAGGUUCUUGUCUGUUGUGUGAGCUUCCACUCUCUCCCUCUGCGAUAUGUUAUGGUUGCGUUCAUUGUUACUCGUUUAUUCACGAGCGUUGCCUUGAUUUUUCCAUGGAGAUUCAACAUCCUGUGCAUCCGGCACACCCUCUCAGGCGCCUCGAUUACACCCAAAAUUGUGGUCCUGUAUUAUGUUGUAAAGGGUGUGGAAACACAAUUGCUACUGUCCCGAUUGGUUGUCCAGAAUGCAGAUUUUAUCUUCACCUGAGGUGUGCGGAUUCCUCGUUGCGAGGCCUGAUGAUGCACAACAACUUUCAUAAGCACAAGUUGUUUUACCAAGCUACUGGUGCUAAAAUCGUUUUCCAGUAUCGUAGAUGUGAUAUCUGCAAGAAAUAUGGUGUCAUCUCUCUCGAAACUUAUUAUCACUGCUUGGAAUGUAAUUGUAAGAUCCAUUUCGAGUGUCUUGAGAUUCCUCGGUGUGUGUUAGAGUGUUAA